GCUAGGAGAAAACACCAAAUAUACAGCGACUUUUUAGUUAUUAUUUCUUUGUAAUCAAUAUAAAUUUAAAAUGCCCCACGGAAGCUUAUCUGAUGCUAAAAGUGAAUAUCUUGAAAUUGGCGAAUAUAAUUUUUCAUGGCCCGGCGAAAAUGGAACUUUACAGGAUUUUGGGUCAACCAACUAUACCAUGCCUUCAGGACCAUGGUAUUGGCCGUGGUGUCCUUUAUGGAGAUUUCCACAACAUCCAUUAUUUCAGCUCUCAAAUGCUCUCUUCGUGGCUGCCUUUUGCGCUCCAAGUACAAAGAAGGGACAGCUUUGGAUGCACACAAUUUUAAUAUUUGGUUUUAUGCUAUACUCAGUGUGGGCGUGGCACGUAAUUUGUUCACCUGACGCAUUCUCGUGGAACUUCGGCUUCGUGUUCCUGAAUCUUGCUCAGGUUGUCUACCUAGUUUAUGAGAUGAGACCUGUCAAAUUUGAUCCGGAGCUUGAAGAAGUCUAUCAUACACUAUUCGAACCUUUUAAGGUGUCAAGACUCCAGUUUAAAAGGAUGGUGUCGCCGGAUUUUGCACAUGUUAUGUCGUUACACGCUGGUGAGGCUUACGCCAUGCAAAACCUCACGAAAACAGAUCGCCUUGGACUUUUACUCUCUGGAAAGGUAAACGUGAUGAGUGGACAUCAAUUUCUUCAUCCGAUAUUGCCCUGUGAAUUUCUGGAUUCACCGGAAUUCGAAUCCAGUCGAGCUACUAUAGAUGAAAAAUUUAAGGUUUCUAUAGUAGCAGCUUCAUCCUGCCGCUACGUGUACUGGCAGCGUAGCUCGUUGGAGUACUUGUUCGUGAAGGAGCCGUACCUCGCUUGCGUGGUCACGACAUUGAUCGCCCGUGACAUCACCACAAAGUUGUACGCCAUGAACAAUAAGAUCGUAACGGAAAGGGGCUCGCAUCUAGACAUUCGGCUGCCAAGUAUAGCGCAUGCAUUAGCUCGCAGCCCAAGGAGACUGCGGUCUGCCAACAAGCCGCCGCCGCCAACGACUGUGCAGCCGGUACCACCGGAAAAAAGAUCCACUUACUGGUCAAGAGAUGCUGAAACUGGACCAAGCAUUGCCAAACGCAACGGUGUCGCAGAGAGCUAUCCCGAUGAAGACGAAGAGCUGAUACCUCUAGCGUCUCACGAAGCACCCACAGCUUCCUCUGACGAACUGUCAGUUGCCGAUAGCUGUCCCGACACUUCCUCAAAGUAUCACAGCUGCGAGGCAGUCGAAACUGACGACGAUCUAAAACAUUGACACAUAAACGAUGAUUUGUCAUCGUUUAUGUGUCCUGACAAUAUGGAGGAAAUUGAAACGUCGCUUACAUUUUGCAAUACGAAAACAGUUUCGUCAGAAAGCCUUUUCGCAAUAGAUGAUGAGAAAGUGUUGACGGAUCAAUAAUUUCAAGCUAGUAAAUAAAUACUACAAGCAUAGAGACUGCAAACAUAUUAUUGAAAUGUAUUUUUUUAGAUUACAUUAUGCCUAAAAUCCUAUCAAAAUAUGUUUAUAUUUAUGAUUUGCUUUCGCAAACUCCAAAUGUAAUGAAUGUUUUGAUUUAUCGCUUUUGCGAGUAUGUUAAGUGAAUAAAAUGAUGUAUUGAAGC